AAGCCGGCGGGUGCUGCUGUACAGAAAAGAAGCCACAGCCCUUCCAGAAGGUCUAAGGACUUGUCGACCAUGGAGCGUGCACCCUGCUUGUUGCUACUGCUACUGCCACUGAUGCUUGUCUCCGCGGCCACGCCAGAGCCCUGCGAGCUGGGCGAUGACGAUAUACGCUGCGUCUGCAACUUCUCGGGUCCGCAGCCCAACUGGUCCAGCGCCUUGCAGUGCAUGGCUGCCAUCGAGGUGGAGAUCCACGGCGGCGGCCGCAGACUAGAGCAAUUUCUAAAACACGAUAAUGUCAACGCCGACCCGAGGCAGUUUGCUGACAUGGCCAAGGCUCUGCGCUUGCGGCGGCUCACGGUGGGAGGUGCACAAGUUCCCGCUCUGCUCCUGGUCGGCCUCCUACGUGUGCUGGGGUACUCCCGCCUCAAGGAACUGACCCUCGAGGACCUAGAGAUAACCGGCACCGUUCCACCGCCGCCUCUGGAAGCCACGGGGCUUGCGCUAUCCACCUUGCGCCUCCGCAACGUGUCGUGGGCGACAGGGGGUGCCUGGCUCGCCGAGCUGCAGCAGUGGCUCAAGCCGGGCCUCAAGGUACUGAACAUUGCCCAAGCACAUUCGCUUGCCUUUUCCUGCGAACAGGUCCGCGCCUUCCCGGCACUCACUACCCUCGACCUGUCUGACAACCCCGGACUGGGCGAGCGCGGACUGAUCGCGGCUCUCUGUCCACACAAGUUCCCUGCCCUGCAGGAUCUAGCGCUACGCAAUGCGGGGAUGGAGACGCCCAACGGCGUGUGCGCUGCGCUGGCGGCGGCGGGUGUGCAGCCCCAGAGCCUAGACCUCAGCCACAACUCGCUGCGCACCACUGCACACGCCGGCGCUUCCGGGUGCGUCUGGCCGCGAGCGCUAAACUCCCUCAGUCUGUCGUUCGCUGGACUAGAGCAGGUGCCUAAAGGACUACCGGCGGAGCUCCGAAUGCUCGAUCUCAGUGGCAACAGGCUGAAUAGGGCGCCGCGGCCAGACGAGCUGCCCAAGGUGGGUAACCUGACACUGGACGGGAAUCCCUUCUUGGUCGCUGGAGCCUCCAGAUUCCAAGAGGACCCCAUGAACUCCGGCGUGGUCCCAGCCUGUGCGCGUUCGCCCCUGGCAGUGGGGAUGUCAGGAACCCUGGCGCUGCUCCAGAGGGUCCGAGGCUUUCCCUAAGGCCCAGGGAAGAAGAGCGAAUGGGCUCAAAUCGCCCCGGCUUCGGGGUACUCAGGUCAGGACAUUCAGGACUUCUUGACCAACCAACUCUCUGCCACACUUUUAUUAAAAUUUUAAACAACGGAAAAUGAAAAAGAAAAAAGUUUUUCUUUUAACAACUGGUCCUUGUCAUUCACUCAACAGACCUUUAUUGAGUAUCUGCUAUGUACUGGGCACAGUGCUGGAUGGGGAAUCCAUCAUACUCGAACUUGGACUUUCUUCAUCUUAACUCCCGAGAAACUAUACUUGCCCUCCUCAAGAAAAAAACUGCAGGUGCAGAAGGGACAGGGAAAUGUCGCCUAGCUAGGGCUGUCAUGGGAGAAAAAAUGAGUGUCUGUGCAGGCAGGGAUUUCUGAGCAGAUUAAUGGCAUCUGGGUUAAAGGAUGUUUGAAUGGUAAACAUACGUUGGAAGAUACAGAAUGUUUCCUCUUCCAUGCACUUUCCAAGAUCCAGCCAUUCCCUUUCAAAUGUAAUAAAACCCAAAGCCAUUUG